AGUUAGGUUAGGUUUUCAUUCCUCUCUCUCUCUCUCUCUCUCUCUAUUUUCUCUACUUCGAUCAGCCACUGCGCCGCCUCCAUCCUUGCACGGAAUCUCAGUUUCUGAUCGCCGACAACAUCUAUUCCUCUCAUAUCAGUUAAAGUGAGGGCAAUGGCAGGCAGAGAAGUUCGAGAGUACACCAAUCUCUCCGACCCAAAAGAUAAGAAAUGGGGGAAAGGGAAGGAUAAGAUAGACGACGAAGACAUCACAUUCCAACGCAUGGUUGCCAAGGGAUCUUGGCUUCUUCUACUGGGUGGUUGAUGCAAGCCAGAUGCAAGAGGUUGCAGGGGAACGUGGAGGAUACCUUCAUGGCCGAGGCGCCUUGGACAGUGAUGACCUACUAUAUCUCAAGGAGCAGAUGGAAGCUGAGGAGGAUGCAGAGCGCCUCCUUCGCCGCACUGAGAAACGAGCAUUUGCUGCAUUUAAGAUAUCCUUUCAUGAAAUUUCUUCUAGUCUCUCUGCAUGCAUAGUCUGCACACAUUGGAUUAUUAAAUCUCUCUCCUCUCCCUCUUCUGUCUUGUCUUCCUUAACCAAUGAACACAAAGCUGCAAGUCUGGCAGAUUCUUCACCUGCAUCGGUUCCCUUGCCACUUCGUGUUGAGCCCAAGCAAAAGAGUGGGAUCAGACAGCAAGAUCUACUGAAAAAGGUCAUCGAAAUUAAACCCAAGCGGCAUAAAGUUUCAAGCAGAUCUGAUGGUAAUCAGUCCCACCCAAAUUUGAUUGUUAGUGCUUCGACAAAUCUUGAAUCUGAAAAUGACCAAGUGAAGGAUAAAGUGCACGUGUCGUCGUCACACAGAAUAAAGGGCGAGCCUGAAGGGAAAACUACAGCCAAAAGCUUGUUAGGAUUAACAUAUGCAAGUUCUGACAAUGAAGAGGAUUAAAGAAACAACUCUGAUGGAGCACAAUUUUUUUUCUUUCUUUUCUUUUUUCUUCAUUACAUAGUAAUUUAUUCUUAGCACAAAAUCUCAUAUACCUAUAUUUACUGAAUGCAAUGUUUGUGGAAGUAACUUGGAAAAUUUAUUCUUA